GUCUGAAAUAGCCACAUAUAGUUUAUUAUGUUAACAGACACCCCCCUCUUUUUCAUUGUAAUAUUUGAACCUUUAUAAAGACAGUUUUGCAGAAAGCACUGCUACUUUGCACCAGUAGAGGGUGCUAUAACACCAGUGGGUUCAGGCAAACGGCUUCCGCUCUGCUUUGCUCGGCGCAUGUUCAGAUAAUAAACAUACCGAGCAGCAGUAGUGGAAGCUAACAGCUCUCGUGUUGUGUGUUUGGAUCCACAGGUAUUUAUACCGUAGCUCAGCCACUCAGUGCACGCUGCCUGAGGGGCUCAUGCUGCCGGACCAGAGACCCCUAGCUCUGGCGCCGGUAACAUUUGGGGGCUCGUCCGGGAUGAUUAGCAUUUCUGCCUAGUGACGUGAGUGUCGUGACAACGAGAAACGGUGCACAAAGUUUCAGGGAAGACUGCUGCAGUCCAGAGCGUCAUCCAGAGAGCGGGAGUCACCAGAGUAACGCCAAAAUGGCCACAGUCACCCCACGGCGAAUGCUGAUCUUCAAGAUCCAGAAGAAUCUGUCAUAUUUGAGUCCAGACCAGCUAUUGGCAGUCGUGAGUUCAAUAGAUGAUGGCAGCGAAACUCACGAUAUUCCAAAUUUGAGUGAACCAGAAUUGUAUGACCUGAUGGUGGAUUACCUCAGGAGUGAGAAAUUAAGUGCUAUGGAAGAUGAAGGUAUGUCUCAACUCCUUGUCCUGACUGACAUACUGAAUGACCUGCUGGCCACAGACCCCGGUGGAAGUGAAGCUUGCCAGACUGCGCCAGAGACAGGACAGCCAGUGGAGGAUUCAUCACCCCACCAGGAGCAGCUAUCCACUUCAUCUCGUUCUGACCAUCACAACACAGUCACACAAUCAACAACAUCCACACACAACCACAACAUUUCCACACAGCCAUUGCCGGUGGACAAAGACAUUCAUUCCCUUUCACCUCCAUCAUUGGACAAAGAUGCACACACUAACAGCCCAUCACAGGACAGAGACAUUCAUACUUAUCCAGCACCUUCACGAAGAGACGGUGGACGGCCAGCAAGGAACUUUGACACUGCCACAGUCACCAGAGCUUUCACCGCAGGCGUUGAUGGAUCUCCCCAUGGUAGAGUGAGUCUGGCGUCCAGCAUGGGAGAUCAGGUAUUGAGGGUGAAUGAUUUUGCAGCUCUGCUCCCACGCAGAGAAUUCAAGCUACAUGGUGGACAAAUCUCUGAUGUUGGGUCUGAUAUGUCAUACAGUAACCUUUGUAAACAAAUUGAAGAAGGUAUACUGGAAGGUUUUACUGAGUCAGAAGUGAUGCGUACUGUGAUGAAAAUCAUCAAACCCGGUACAUUCAGAGAUAUGUUGACAAACAAAAAUGAUUUAACUGUUGAUGAGCUCAAGCGGUUUCUCCGCGCACAUAUCAGGGACAAAAGCAGCACUGAACUUUUUCAAGAGUUAAGUAAUGCUAAACAACAGGACAAAGAGAGUCCUCAGCAAUUUCUGUAUAGGCUAAUGGGUUUAAAGCAGCGCAUUUUGUUUGAGUCACAACAACCUGGUGCCGAGUUUGGCUAUGACAAAAGGCUGGUUCAGGGCACCUUUCUCCACACUCUGUAUCAAGGUCUGAAUGAGAAAAAUAGCCAUGUUCGUUAUGAUCUAAAACCUCUUCUCACAGACUUACAGGUUAGUGAUGACUUUCUUUUGGACCAAAUCACUAAGUCUACCAGUGAGGAGACAGAGAGACUCAGACGCCUUGGCACAGUAGCUAAGAACCGACCAGUGACUGUGAGCCCCGCUCAGCUUGACUGUAGUGACUCAACUAAGCAGACUAGAGUUGACACUGAGUUACAGGCUAACCGUACUGCUAUUAAAGAACUGUCUGCCCAGGUGUCCUCCCUGACCAAACAGCUGGCCCAAGUGGUGAAGCCUGCUGACACUGCCAUCCCUGUGACCACACACUCAGCCCAGCCAAUGCCACCAACACCUGAAGCCCGCGGCAGAUGCCGCAACUGUGUUCAGCAGGGCAAGAUGAGUUGCCCUCACUGCUUCGUAUGUGGCCAAGCUGGACAUCGGGCGGUCGGCUGUCUUCAAAAGAGGAUGUCGGGAAACGGGAUGAGGUCACUGGAGAAGGGCAGCCAGUGACCGU